CAUACCAAAACACGGAAGUAUUUAAACUUAAGGGCUUCCACUGAGGGCUAAUUAGAGAAGCUAGCUCCAAAAUGGGUUCUACGUUUAUUUCGUGGGGCACAUAAAGGCUUUUUAAAAAUUCUUUCUCGUUUUUUUGGUUCAGUCAGGACCUUACCGAGAGGUCGUGUUGCUGUUAGGAUGGUCCAGAGUCUGUUCCGGUCGGGUUUUCUGGUGCGGGUCGGUCACACCCUGCUUACCUGGGUCGUAACCCUCAUUCUGUUCCUGCACAACACAGACUUGCGGCGAUGUGAGGAGCAAGGAGAGCUGCUGCUGCCCGCGCUGUUCUUCCUGCUGGUCCUGCUGUCGGUGCUUUUGUACUUCACCGUCUCUUUAAUGGAUCCUGGGUUUGUCCUCACCGACACGCUUAAGGGAGGUCAAGGGUCAGAUGAAGAAAUGGAGUCGAUGAUCCCUCAGCCAUCGACCCCUCGGCUGCGGCGCUGUGGGUUCUGCCUGCUGCAGCAGCCAAUGAGAGCGAAGCACUGUAAGACGUGCAAACAUUGCGUGCGGCGCUUCGACCAUCACUGCCCCUGGAUCGAGAACUGCGUCGGGGAGAGGAACCACCGCUGGUUCGUGGUUUACCUGCUGGUCCAGCUGCUGGCGCUGCUGUGGGCCCUUCACAUCGCUCUCUCGGGGAUUUCUCCCGGCGUGACGUGGGAUCUGUGGUUCCGAGCGAACGGCUUCCUGCUGGCGGCGCUCGCCGUGGUCGGGGUUUUCUCCGGCGUCAUACUGCUGCUGCUGGGCUGCCACCUCUACCUCGUCUCCAUCAACUGCACCACCUGGGAGUUCAUGUCCCGCCACCGGAUCUCCUACCUGAAGAACUACGGCGGCGAGGAGAACCCGUUCGACCGCGGCGUUUUCUGCAACCUCUGGGAUUUCUUCUGCAUCUGCAGGACGGUGAUGUGGGAGCAGGUCUACCAGAAAAACGCCACAGAACUCAACGAAUUUUAAAAUGAAGGAAAUGCUGACUUUUUGCAGGAGAAUUUUUGUUAUAAAUUUCGCUUCCAAGGAGCCAAAUUUUCUAUUUAUUAUUCAAAGGGUUCUGAAAAUGAGUAAACAGGCAGCAAAAAAUUUAAAAUAAAACUUUAAAAGUUUUAGAAAACUGUUGAUUAAAAUCACUUUAGGGAGUUACAAGCAACACGUCACUGCAAAAACUCAAAGUAUUACCAAGUAUUUUAGGUUAUUCUACUGCAAAUAUGUUAAAAUAAGACAAAACUAACUUAAAAGUGACGUUUCAGCAAGAUAUAGGAGCUCAUUUGUAAGUCAAACAGUAAAAUUGUUUAUUGAGACCAUUUUCAAGUAACAUAGUAAUAAUAAUGCAAGUUUGUCCUUUUAAAGUUAAAAACUUUAAUUUUGUCAAGAACAUUUUACACAAGAAUUGUGUAAAAUUCUUGUGUAAAAAAUAUUCAGAAAAAAAUACAAAUAAAUGACCAAAACCAAUAAAUUAUGAAGUCUGCAAACAAAAUAUUCCUUCAAAAAAACUAAAAUUAAGUCUCAAAAUGAAAAUUAUUGAGCUCUUUUUACUUUAACGUGUGACUAAUUGUUUAUUGCUUAAUAUUUAAAAUAUCUUCCAGAUCUAGUGUUAAGUGUACUUUAAAAAAUUAAAGUUUAUUCAUCUUUGAGAGGCUGAGCUUGCAUUAUUAUGCUAUUAUCUAUAUAUUAAAAAUUGCCUCAAAACAUCAAUAUUAUUGUGUUAUAAUUUCUAAAUUGUCCCAAUAAUUUCUGGGACAGUUUAUCGUCCAGUACAAUUUAUUAUGGUGACAGACUUCAUUAUAGGUGAAAUAAGACGUUUUUACCAUAUUCCUUAUAAUAUGGCAUGAGUUCAGGAAACGUCGUCACCAGAGUGUCUGUACGGGUGAUUCAACGUCAAAACGUGGAUUUUAUAAACACAGCUAAUAAUCUGAAUGACUUUUGGUUCUUCAGAGCUUUAUUUUUUAACAUUUUUCCUGUGAAAAAGCAGAUUAUUGGCUUGAUAAAAGCUCCUUAUUUUACUCAAGCACUAAAUGCCUUUUAAGCUCCAACUGCUUGUGUUAGUAAUUUAUUUUUUAACUGUUUAACAUGAAAACAAAGAGGGAGACAUGCGGGGUUUUUUUUACUGAUUUGUUUUGUAUUUAUUAAUUACAUUAAAACACAUUUGAUAUGCAUGUUGAGAUUGAGUACAUCUGUACAGACGGACAUUACUACUCAGGAUGCUUCACUGACAUUUAAAUACAUUUCUGACAAACAUAUAUAACAUGUAAUAUUCAGCAGCGGCAGCUUAAAGUGCUACAACAGUUUCCUAAAUGUUUCGCUACAGAUUCCUACGUCAGCCGAACCAAACAGCCAAAAUAUCGACUUUCAGAGGAAUUAAAAAUGUGGUUCGAAGCAGAUGGUUCCUUAAAGAGAACCGCUAACGGAUGAAAAGGAUAAUAUUCGGAAAACUUUAAUCCGGUUUUUGAUUUUCAGGGAUAAUUUUAACAGUCAAUAUAAACUGACACGGUUUUGUGCAAAUUUAAUCUAGUGGCGUGAAAACAAGUUGGAAAUGUUAGGGCCAUACUAAAAAACAAAAGAUAAGGUUAAGAGAAUAAACUCGCAUGAGAAAGUCGAUAAUAUGAGAACAAAGUCAAGUUACAAGAAUAAAGUCGUAUUACGAGAAUAAAAUUGUACGAAAAUAGUCAGAAUUUUACGAUAAACUUGUACAAAAUUAAAGUCAUAAUAUUGUGAAAAUAAAGUACAAAAAUAAAGUCGUAAUGCGAGAAUUAGGUUGUACAAAAAUAAAGUCGUAAUACCAAAAUAAAGUCGUAAUGUUACAAGAAUAGAGUCGAAAUAAUACAAGAAAAAAGUCAUAAUACAAGAAUAAAAGUGUAAAAACAUAAAAUAGUAAUAUUAAGACUUUAUUCUGUAUUCCGUAAUUUAUUAAAUUAAGUCAUACAAAAAUAAAGUCAUAAUGUAAAAGAAUGUAGUCGAAAUAAUGCGAGAAAAAAGUCAUUAUUGAAAUAAAGUUGAAAAAUUACAACUUUAUUCUCAUAAUAUUAUGAUUUAAUUCUCGCAGUUAAAUUUUUUAUUAUUUUUCUUAGCAUGGCCCUAAUACUCCAUUGUAGAAAAAGACAAAAAGAUUUAAAUAAAUGUUUUUCUGGCUCUGUUUUGUACAUUUUUUGCUCUAAUCCAGAUUGGUGAGACAAAGCUGAAGCAGCAGCAGAGAUUAGGGACAAUCCUUCGGUCUUCCUGGUAAUUUUGAGUUCUAGAUUUAAUAUUUUUGUUCUACCUCAGUCCAGUCGGCUUUCUGUUACUCCUUAAACGUCACAACACUGAAUAAGUGUUGGAAAUUAUUGGUUUUCCAAUAUUUGUGUUGUUAAUUUUUUAAAGCUAAAUUUUUGGGGGGUUUUUUGUCAGGAAAGAGAGGAGAAGCCAUGAUUGUUGUAAAUUUCACAUGUUUGAAAUGGAAAUGAAAAGUAAAAUAAUUUUAUUUGUGUCGGCAGUUAAAAAUUUAUCGAGAAUUUUUAGACGAAUUACAAUCCAGCAGGAUUCAAGAUGCCAUGCAUAAAAUGUCAAAAUCAAAACUGAAUGUUGGAUUUUUGAUAGAUGGAGUUAACUUUUCCAGACUUUUGAUACAGUAUUUGUCAGUUUUUGUUACUCCUUAUGGAAAACUUUUGACUUUUUUGUCAAUUUCCUUUCAAUGAAUGUAUAUUUUGGCAAUAAUCUGUGUUUAAAUGUUGUCAAUUUGAGCUGUUAGUCAAGUGGAAGAAUUUCAAAUUUUAAAUUCAAGUUUUAAAGUUAGAAACCAAACAUGUCAAUUUUCAGUUUCACUGUCAUAAUUUCACCUUUAACAGUCAUAAUUAUGACAACAAAAUCAUAAUUUCAAGCUUUAAAGUUAUAAUCAUGAGAAUAAAAGUAAUAAUCCUACUUUUAAUAAUUACUUAGCAAUAAGUAACAAUUUUCAGUUUCAAUGUCACAAUUUUGAGUUUUAAAGUCAUUGUGGUUUUAAAGUCAUAACCACAAUAAUAAAAGUCAUAAUCUAUGUGAAUUAUCAAGAAAAUUAAGUUUUUUUUGUUGUUGUUGUAAAGCCAUCUUUAAAGUUUGUCUCUACCAAAACCUUCUAUGGCAGGAAUAGGCUUCCAUAGAAUUUGUUCAUGUAGCAAAUCAAAAUGUAAAAGUCAGUUGCAGGUUAAAGUGCUUUUGGUGCUUUAAACCUUUUGUAUUUUGACCAAACAGAAAUGAUUUCAUCAAUGUCUCAUGAACUGAUAUAAAAAUAAAAGAACUAAAUAUAAA